GCGAUGGUUGGAAACAGUUUUCUGUUUGCCAUCGUUCGGUGAUGCCGCCAACGUUUUCUUCUCUCUGAUAGACGAGAAGGCAGAAUCUAUUUGCCGGUGUUCGUGCUGCGUUAGUGUGAAAGAUAUUGUUUUCUUUUUUUUCUCUCUCUCUCUGGAGAAGAAAUUUUCAAAUCAGCUGUGAAGAAGGUUUAAACGAAACCAUAAAAAAACCGCGGAACUUUCGUGAUCAUGACGGAAAAUUUAACAAAACUGCCCGUUAAGAGCAUUCUACGGAAGAGUUCGCUCACAUUUAUAGAACACGAUGAUUCUGAAAUUCAAAUUUCCCUUGAUAUGGAAAAACCAACAAAAGUGAUAGUCGAGCCCAUCGAAACGCCCCCAAAAGAAUAUCCUGGUGAAACAGAAGAAGAGAAAGCUCGCCGGGAGGAUUUCGAAUUGAAGAGAAAAAUGAAUCGUCAUCAAGAAGCCAUGAAAGUGGCCAUUGCCAAAAAAUUACUCUCGCAGGAGGAAAACAUUGAAGAGGAACUGGACGCUAACACAGAAGACGAUGCCUCUGUGGCCAGUGAGGAUGCCCUGGAAAGUACUCGUGGUGAAGACGAUAACGAUUAUUAUUACGCAUCCGCAGACGAUAUUACGGAAGAUGAUAUAGAUCAGCAAACGAACUCAAAUGUGUGAUGAUUGAACGGCGGUCUGAGAGACCCGAUUUAGUCACAAAUAUUGUUUAUAAUUUUGCUGUUGCCAGAUUUACUUUCAAACAAUUUUUUAAUUUUCCAGUUUAGGUUAUUAUAUUGUCCUAAAAGUGUAAUAUUUUGCAACGUUUUAAAUUCUUGUUAUUUCUGUACUGACAGAUGUCAUAAGCUUAAUUUU